UAUUCCACAGCCCUGUAUUAAUGGUUUCGGAAUUCCGUGAAGAAGAGUAUUUUGAUGGUACAAAUGUGACAACUUGCUUGAUGGAAGCAAAUGAAUUCUGGACAUCGUUUUAUUUUACAAUGAGUACAACAGUCUUCUUCUGUCUUCCUCUUGCUAUCUUGGUUGGAUUAUACUCAGUUAUUGCAAGGAAUCUCCUUUCUAACCAUGGUCUAGUUGCACCGAAUAACCAGUCAGCAGCACUCAGGUAUCGUAGACAGGUUGUAAUGAUGCUUGGAACAGUGGUCAUCUCAUUCUUUAUAUGCCUGCUGCCAUUCAAAGCGUUCACUCUUUAUGUCAUCUAUGCUCCUCCAGAGAUACUCCUUUCAAUGGGAAUAGAAACAUUUUAUAACAUUCUCUAUAUCUGUCGAAUGAUGUUUUACAUAAAUUCAGCAAUCAACCCUAUUCUUUAUAACUUAAUGUCAUCAAAGUUCAGAGAUGGCUUCAGGAAGCUGCUGGGAAUCAGUAAUCAUGGUAAUUUUGCCCGGAAGGGUACUGUUACCACAACAACCACUCUUACUUCUUCAGCGAAGACAUCUUCAUCCGAUAACCUUCUGAGGAGAAGUGUAGUAAGAGUGAUUUCAUUAGAUGAAGCUAGUAGGGUUGACAAUGGACUGUCAACAACAAUUAAACUUUUGAACAAUUCAAUUGUUAGAAGUGAUGAAAGUUAUGUAUAA